UUGUAUAAAAUAUAGAAGCUAAUUGGCACCUCCUUUCCAAAUGUUAGGGUUUUAGAGUGAAAUACUCCAUCUUCUCUUUUCUAUGUUGGACGUUACACUCUGUGUAGGGUUUUCUCCUUUUUAGAGUUAUUCUAUCAAUUAACCCAAAAACUUUGAAACCCUAAUAAUAAGAAUAAGAAUGGAUGCAUCCGAAUCCACCAAAUACGAAGAAGACUACUCACCUUCAUCAACCGUUAUCAAAUUCGACCGUCCAAUUCCCUCACUUAGAGGACCAUUACCGGCGAGUCCUUCCGACGAUCCAUCGGCGGGUCCAUUCGUUCUAGCCUUCAAAGACUCACAAGCUUGGGCUACUUCAUUCAUAGCCUGCCAGCGUAAGAUAGUUCAGCAAUGCGAGGAAGGGGCUAGGAUUGGUUGCGCUAUCAACGCUUCCAGCAAGUGCAAGCCUCCAUGGUGGAAGAUUCUGUCGAGUCCUAAACUCUCCGAUCUGAAGGAACGAGAGGUUUGUGAAGUGCGUGAGAUGGAGGAGUGUUUCACUGCGGCGAAGGAGAAAUGUGUUGGUUUCGCUAGGGAUAAGUGUUUGGUUCCUUUUAAGGAUGCAAGGAUUAAGGUUGGUGGUGAAUUUGGCGUGACCAAUCGAAGGGCUAGUGAAUUGUUGGAUUCUGAUGAUUGUGUGAAAUGCAUUUUGGGUGAGAGGCAACAAGGUCACGGAAAUUAAAACAACAAUGUUGAAAUGAGGAAAAGCAUUUCCAAAUCCCAUUGCAUUUGUGGCAGAAACAAAAAUAUUGUUAUGGUAUUUUCUCUUCUGGAAUUCAAUUUCCAUCAGAAUCAGCUCUGGUGUAGUCUGGUUCUUGGGAAGAAGAAAUGACACUAGUAGAGAACAAGACAUGAUCAUGUAACCUGUUCAUUUUUUACAUGAAUUUUUUUUUCUUCUAGUUAGAGUGAUUCUGUUGUUAUUAUUCAAAUAAAUCUUGUGAUUAAUAUUGUUAAUAUGAUGUAUAUGAUCACAAACAAUCCAAAAAGAAAUAUCAGAAGUAAACACCCAUUCCGGAACAUGAAUUGGUCAUCCAAAGAUUGUUAUAUUUUA